CAGUGCUCACUAAACUUCAAAAUUUAGUCGCCUCUGGAAACUCUGCUCCGCCCUCUUCUCCUCUACGUCGUUGCGUCUGGCCCUCUUCUCUCUCGCACAAGCUCUUCUCUGCGUCUCUGUAUAAUCGUUCCUCCUUCGCUGGUAAUUCUGUUUCGUUCCUCCCUGCCUCGCCGUCUGUUUCGCUCCUACCUCGCCGUCAGCUUCGUGCCUCCCUCGCCGCGCGGGAUUAUAUAAUGGCAACCACUGCUUGUUUCAUCAUUGUUAGCAGAAAUGAUAUUCCUAUUUAUGAAGCUGAAGUUGGAGUAGCUGCUAAAAGAGAAGAUGCUGCUCAGCUGCAUCAGUUUAUCCUGCAUGCUGCUCUCGAUAUUGUUCAGGACCUAUCGUGGACUACUAGUGCUAUGUACUUGAAAUCGGUAGACAGGUUUAAUGAUCUGGUGGUCUCAGUGUAUGUCACAGCUGGUCAUACCCGUUUUAUGUUGCUUCAUGACUCUCGUAAUGAUGAUGGCAUUAAGAGCUUCUUCCAAGAUGUGCAUGAACUUUACAUAAAGACACUUCUUAAUCCCCUGUACUUGCCUGGCUCCCGGAUCACAUCAUCCCAUUUUGACACAAAAGUCCGAGCUCUUGCUCGAAAAUAUUUGUAGAGUCCAUCAGCUAGCUCAUAUAGCAGCGAGUCUGGAUCUGACCCCUACCUUGUUCGUUUAUCGUUGUUACUCCCUACAAUAUUUGACAGCAAGGUAAGGUUUGGUGUUUCCCUGAAAUGUUUGUGUACACAAGUCAUUAGGGGAAGAUGGCUAUGUUUGUUUGCUAAGGAAGAGUGAUGUUAUGUUGACAAAUGCUGUUGGAUUCCUAGUGCUACAAUUUGUAAUACAUACUAAUCGAUCUUGUACUUUAUGAUCACAUCUUGUACAUACUAAUCAAAUAUUUUUUGUUACAUUGAUUUCAAAAGUAUUAUAGGCCAAUAUUACUGUAGUAUAUUGGUGCUUUCUCAAUCAAAUAUUUUAUGAUGGCCACUGCAUUUUAUAGUGAAAGCCUCC